AAUAUAGUUUCGGAAAGGAAGUGCAGUUCAGACCGUGUCAUACAAAUUCUGCCUGUGUCUGCUGUUUCAUUUACUUGUAUUUUGGUUGUUUAAAUGGCUUCAUUUUGGUCGGAGCCCCCGUAUUCACCGGGCAACGACAUAUUAGCGUCAGACUGCGGAAAGUUGUCACAUUUACACCAGAACUGCGAGACAUGACAAAUUAUGUGCUGGAUGAGCAGAACUUUCGUCGCUGUUGUCUGCUCCUCCUGCAGCAGUCGGAGCAGCUGAAAGACGGCUGGACCUGGGAAGCAGUCCAGGGUACAGAGGAGGGCUACUUGAGGAAGACUGCUCUCAGGUCAGUCACAAUUGACUCAAGCCCAGUGUGGGACCAUGAAGGAUCAAGUUCAGAGAAAGAACCACACACUUCCUGUCACUCCCAGCCUGAUCAGCAGAUACUGGAAAAAGAACAGUCUGUUCUUGUUGCCCUAGGUGAUAAUGACGGCGUUAAAAGUGACAUGAACGAUGAAGAUGAAGACGAUGGAGUCUGUACGGUCUCUGAAGGCAGCAGCCAGGUACUUCAGUACGAGUAUCACAUCCUGUACUCCUGCAGCUACAGUACUCCUGUGCUCUAUUUCAGAGCCUUCACUCUGGAGGGAAGGAGUCUAUCAUUAGAGGAGGUUUGGAGCUGUGUCCAUCCAAACUUCAGGCUUCGACUUCAGACAAGUCCUCUGAAUACAAUCACUCUGCAGGAGCAUCCUCUGCUGGGUCAGCCUUUCUUUAUGCUCCACCCCUGUAGAACAGAGGAGUUGAUGAGGCCAAUAGUGAAUGCGGCUCAGGACCAACACAGGCCAGUGAACUAUGUGCUGUCAUGGCUCAGUGUGGUGGGUCCUGUCGUGGGUCUGGAUGUCCCUCUGCAGUACUGCACCCAGAUCCAUCGUGCAGCAGCACUCAGCAGCACUAAACCAGACUGAUCCUCUUUCAGGAUCACUAUGGAAUUUCUUUCUGCCAAGGAUGGAUUAUCAACCCGGCAAAACAAGCAGUUGUCCUGCACCAAAACCCUUACAGGCUCGGAAGGCCCAAGGUUGUCUGUGUGGCAAGUACUGUGUGUUAAUUUAAUUGUAAAUUUGUUUGGCAAUAUGCUAAUACAUAUUAAAAACUGUAAUAGUAAUAAACCUCUUAUAUGGUUCCUGCGUUGUUACCUGAUCUUGAGGCCAUGUUUUGUGGAGGGAACUCUGUGCCAAACAAUAAAAAAGGAACAUCAAGCACAGUAAGAAAGUUUAGCAUGGUGCCAAAUGUGUACUUCUUGUAUCCUUCCAAUUUAUGUAAUUUAGAGGGAAAACAUUUGACAGUAAGUGGUUAUUACAACAAAUUUUAUAGACCAUUGCUUCACAGUGUGCUCAGCCACUGCUGUAGUUAGAGGCCAGUUAACUGGCACAGUUGGCUCAGGAGCAAACACUGCCCUGACUCAGGAGCUUCAUUGCCUGUGUACAGUGUAAAAUUGUGUAGAAAUUGAAACAAUUAACCUCAGCUUGUAUGAUUAAGAACCACAUAAUUUUUUUACAUAGUUUUUUUAAUAUAAUGUUCAUUUUAACAUUACAUUUUAAAGGGCACCUCAAGUAAUUAGUAUUAUUAGUAUUACUUCCAUAAGGUUAAGGUUGGCAAAGACAGAUCUGGCCUGUGACUGGCCUAUGAAAUUGUGUUCUAUCAAGAAUGUUUCCAUAUCUUAAAGCAUAACUUAAGGGACCCCUGUAAACAGACACAAGUUAUGUUUACAUUCAUUGCUGCCAAAACUCAUUAUACAUAUCCUAACAAAUGUGUUGAAUGCAUUUCUGUCCUCAUAAAACAUCUGUAAAGUCAUUUUUUGAACAUUUAAAAAUACGGUUGGUCAACAGUUGGUUGGUCCAUAUGUUUUUGGACGAGUGUAAGUUUUUUGGACUUUGGCCUAUGUACACCACCACACUGAAUUUGAAAUGAAACGCUCAAGGUGUGAGUGAAGUGAAGACUUCCAGCUUUAAUUCAAUGGGUUUGACAAAAGUGUGACAUCAACCAUUUAGGAAUUACAGCCAUUUUUAAACCACUGGUAACCACUGGCCUCAUUAGACUUUGCCAGAAAACACUCAAAAAAAUAAGAUUCUUUGGACUGAUGAAAUCAAGAUACACUUGUACCAGAAUUAGGAACAGCUCAUGAUCUGAAGCAUGCCACAUCAUCUGUCAAACAUGGUGAAGGCAGUGGUAUGGCUGCCAUUGGAACCCGGUCACUGGUGUUUAUUGAUAAGGAUGAAUUCUGAAGUGUUUAGAGCUACACUUUUCUCAGAUUCUUCCAAAGGAUGAAAACUGAUAGAAUGAUGGCUCAUAUUGCAGAGCGAUAAUGACCCAAAACAUACAGCAAAGGCAAACCAAGAUUAUCUCAAGGCAAAGAAAUGAGAUAUUCUUCACUGGCCAAAUCAGUCACCUGAUCUCAAGCCAACAGAGGAUGCUUUUCCCUUACUGAAUACAAGACUGAAGGUAGAGAGAACGACAAACAAGCAACAGCUGAAGGCAGCUGCAGUAAAAGCUUGGCAAAGUAUCUAAAAGGAGGAAGCUCAGCAUUUGGUCAUGUCCAUGGGUUCCAGACUUCAUUCAGUCACCAACUGCAAAGAAUUUCAGCCAAGUAUUAAAAAAACAAUGCUUAUAUUUGUAAUUGUGUUACUUUGUCCUAUCAUUUAUGAGCCACCCAAAAUGGGAGUGAGUGUAUAAAAAUGGCUGUAAUUUGUAAGUGGUUAAUGAUUUGUCAGGGUAAAGGGGACCUGUGGGAGACAGAUCACAACUGUCAUGCUAUUCAUGGUUGGCACAUUUACUGCUGACAGCUCUUUGAUACCUCUAAAUGUACAGCUUGAAUAUACAAGGUCAAAAACAUGGAAAUAGAAUGGAUACGUUUUCUUUGGAAACCCAAAUUAUUAGAACAUUUUAACCUGAAAAAUGCAGCAUUUAAAAUGAAUGCUGUUCCCUCUGUGUGUAUUAUUAGUGGUGAAUUACACUAUUCACUUGAGGAGGCAAUGAAAGAAUUUUAUUCUGGCGAAGGUUACACUGCAGAGUUAGAUCUGUAUAUUACAGAAUUAUAUGUAAUUAAAUGAUGAGUGCCUGCGUAAGAAUUUGUAGUGCUUAGGCAUAGACUUAUACAUACACUAGUUUUUGAGUUAAUAUUGAAUUUAAAAUUUGUAAAAUGAUUAUAAUCAUUCUAUGAUUAGUAUUUUUUGACAGAAAAAGGAAACAUAAAAACAAUGAAAAUGAAGAAAAUGCAAAUCUUUAAAAUAAAUUCAAUAAACAAAUUCUCGUAAACAACACAAAUGAGAUACUGCUUGUUGGAAAUGAGUAGAAAGAAGUAUCCACUUAUUUAUUAUUACCCAUUCCCUACUACUCAUUAAUUAACUCAUAUUAUUAAUCUUACAGUCAUAUUCCAUGUUAACUCAUGAAUUAGCAAUUUAUCUCUGAUAUUGAAUUAUAAUUUCAUAUACAUAUGUCAUGUACAUACAUAUAUCCAUUAACUCAUAAUCUGUAAGAACUGACUUCCUGUUGGCUUGCUCCCAGAGGAUUAGAGUGGGCCCCACACCUCUACAGCUCUCAGCCUCAGCACCGACUCCCCACAGGGCUGUGUGCUGAACCCACUACUCUACACACUUUACACUCACGACUGCACCCAUGCCCACUCCACCAACAUCACUGUCAAGUUCGCCGAUGAUACAGCGGUGGUGGGACUCAUCUCUGCAGCGGAAGAGGCCACAUACUGGGAUGAGGUGGGGUGGCUGUCGGUGCAGUGCACAAAGAACAACCUGGUCCUCAACACCCAAAGACAAAGGAGCUGAUUAUCAACUACAGGAGGAAAAAAAAGCGGGGACUGUGUGGAGAGGGUCUCUGACUUCUGGUUUCUGGGUGUCCAGAGAGAGGAGGACCUGGUCUGGAGAGCUGACACCACAGUGCUGGUUAAGAGGGCACAGAAGAGACCCCACGCAGAACCACCUCACUCAGAAACUGCUUGCGCCCUUCUGCCGCUGCUCCAUAGGGAGCAUGCUGACAUACUGCAUGUGUGUGUGGUUCCUCAGCUACACAGUAGCUGUCAUGGUCCUUGUCUGUUAAGUGUUUUAUUUUUUCCUCAUGUUUCAUGUCUUGUCUUCCUGUUUUAUUUUGUGAUCACUCACCUCUGUCUCUGUCCCAAGUUCCUGUCUGCCCUGCCCCCUCCUUGUCUGUGUGCACCUGAUCCCUGAUUGUUUCUCCCGCACCUGCUUCAUAUCACUCCUUAUCACUAUUAGCCCUGUGUAUAUAUACCCUCUUGUGUCCUGUCUCGUUGCCAGUUCGUCGAUGUUCCCAGCCUCACAUACCAGCAUUUCUCACAGCCAUAGUUAUAGCUCCUUAGGGUUUGAUCCCUGCUUGUUUUUUGACCUCGUCUUUUUGCCUCACAUCUUGGAUACCUUUGCCUGGUUUUACUGCUUCUCUGUGUACCGACCUCUGCCUGGAAUAAACCUUGUUUACUGCU